AUUAUUCGCUAGGUAACCCUUCGACUUCAAACGGACGGUGAGUUUAAAUUUUUCCCGCCGGAUCCGACGAAUAUUGAUCGGAGAAGAAGCGGAAGAGUUCAGAUUUCGAGGCCUUUGACAAUGGCGGAUUAUGCUGAAGAAUUUGAGCCUUUGUUCGAUUACAGCCGCGUUCAGCCUCGCUCCGUUGAUUGUCUCGAUGACGAAGAUUCAGACGCGUGCAUGUCUCCGGAACCUUUUUCAAAGCGAUCAAGGAUUUUAAAUCCGGCGGUUACGAGUUUGGUGGAUGGUAACCCAAAAGAGAAACAAGUGGAAAUUGUAGAUGAAGAGGAAGAUUGGCUGCCUCCUCCACCAAAGGUGUUAGUUGAUGCAAAGAAUAUGUGUGGGGAAGAUUCCACAUUGAAGGAGUUAAGGUUAAAGAAGCUAGAGUUGGCCUUAGUUGCACUAUCUGCUAAAAACUUGUUGCGAGAAGUGGAGGAAUCUGCAAAAAUGGAUGUUGGAAACACGCCCCAGGAUCCCCUGGAGCCUGCUUUGGAUGACCAAAUUCCAAUUGCUUCUAAAGAGAGAGCAAAGAUUGUUAUUUCUGUACGAGACAGUGAGAAGGAGGAGCUCAAACAGUUUCGCCUUUUCAUGGAUGACAAGUUUGAGCGUCUUUUCAAAAUGUACGCAGAGAAACGUAAAAUCGAUCCCAAGAGUUUGGUUUUCAUUUUCGAUGGGGAUAAAGUCGGCCCAGACGAUACCCCAAUUGGCCUUGGCAUGGAAGACGAUGACAUGAUAGAUGUGAACAUUAGGCCGAGUUGAGUAACGUGUCUUUUGAGUGUAUAUUUGGUGAAUUAAAAUCACCAGUUUUGGGGAUGGGGGGAGACUUGGAAAGGUCUACUUUAAUACUUUUUACCAUAUGAUGAACAAAUCGCUUAUGGAAGGAAGUCUGUGAAGGUUCCUUUGGUAAA